GAUGCCUGCGCUGCUGUUGUCACAUGUCGGAAAGUCCCAAGCGCUGACGGUGGAAAUCCCCGCUGGGGUUUUUUUUUGUUGUUGUCUUUUUUUUUUUUUUUUUUUUUUCCUGUCCAUGCGCUGAAACAGAAAGGGGAAAGAAAACAAGAGGCUGAGCUCAGCCCUUCAUUCCGCAGCGCAGGCAGCGGCGGCAGCAGCUCCGGAGAGGGGAGGGGGCGGCGGACGCGAGAGCGGCCAGGUCAACCCGGGCCUGCUGCCGGCUGGGUGUUGAUGGCGGUCGAGCCUGACUGUGUGCCCCCGCCGCGGCCCAGCUGCUGAGCGGCAUUUAGCGGCGGAUCGAGCCCGCGCCUGGAGGAGCCCGCCGGGCGAGAGAUUUUUGUCUAGGAACAUGGCUGGCCAGCACAUCCUUCCUCAGGCUUUGUAUCAGAGCAAUAUGCUGAAAGCUGUGAAGAUUAGAGAGAGGACACCUGAAGAUCUGGUCAAACCCCCCAGUGGAAUAAUUCACCACUUCAGGACUAUGCACAGAUACACUAUAGAAAUGUUCAGAAUGUGCCAGUUUUGCCCUCAAUUCCGGGAAACGCUUCAGAAAGCCCUGACUGACCAAGCCACCCAGACUUCACUGGAGCGCCACAGGAAACUGAACUGGUGUAUGGAGGUCAGGAGACUCGUGCCUUUGAAAACUAAUGGCGAUGGGAAUUGCCUCAUGCACGCUGCAUCACAGUACAUGUGGGGUAUUGAAGAUGUUGACCUUGUCUUAAGGAAGACAUUGUUUAGUGCGCUAAAGGAGAUUGACACACGGAACUUCAAGCUGCGCUGGCAGCGGGAGGCGAUUAAAUCCCAGGAGUUCGUGCAAACGGGACUCCACUUUGACACCCGGAACUGGGAGGAAGAGUGGGAAUACCUCAUUGAAAUGACCUCCCCAGAAACAUCUGGGGCUCGAAACAGACUUCCUUAUAAUGCACUGGAAGAAAUCCACAUCUUCGUUCUUGCUAACAUCCUCAGAAGACCAAUCAUUGUCCUUGCAGAUAAAGUUGUGAGAAGUUUAGAAUCAGGCUCCAGUUUUGCUCCUCUGAAUGUUGGUGGUAUUUACCUGCCAUUGCUUUGGCCAGCUGAAGAAUGCUACAGAUAUCCAGUUGUGCUCGGCUACGACAAUAUGCAUUUUACACCACUUGUGACCCUGAAGGACAGUGGGCCAGAAAUCCGAGCUGUCCCUCUGGUCACCAGUGAACGAGGCAGAUUCGAGGAUUUGAGCGUGCACUUUCUGACAGAUGCAGAGGAGAGGGAGAAAGAGCAGCUGCUGAAAGACUACUUGGUAGUCAUAGAAAUUCCAGUGCAAGGCUGGGAUCAUGGCACAACUCAUUUAAUUAAUGCUGCAAAGUUGGAUGAAGGCAAUCUGCCCAAAGAAAUAAAUCUUGUGGAAGAUUACUUUCAACUGGUGCAGCACGAGUACAAGAAAUGGCAGGAGCACGCUGAACCUGCCAGAAAAGAGGCCUGCUCCAGGAACAGACAGGAACUGUCUUUUUCCCAGCUCUCCCUCUUACAGGUGAAAUGUGAAACUCCAAACUGCCCUUUCUAUAUGUCUGUGAACACCCAGCCCUACUGCCAUGAGUGCUUUGAGCGGAGGUCGCAGGGAAUCAAAGGAAGAAAGCAGGUCUCCGAAGCAGCACCUGAGAAACUGAAGGCAGCUGGGUCCAGUGGUAAAGCUUGUGAACCUGGGGGAUGGAUGUCUGAGGAGGCUGUAACAGGGCCUCACUCUGCACCCCCAACUGCUCCCAGCCUUUUCCUCUAUAGUGAAACCACUGCCAUGAAAUGCCGGACUCCAGACUGCCCCUUCACCUUAAAUGUGCAACACAACGGACUUUGUGAACGCUGCUACAAUGCCAGACAGCUUGCUGCUAGUAACAAUUUGGACAACCAGAGGCGUUUGGACUAUGCCACGUGUAAGGUGUGCCACCAGAAGGCCAACAGGACAUUUAAUGGCAUAUGCAGCACUUGUUUCAAAAGGACUACAGAGCGCUCUUCAAAUGGCAGCCCUGGUUUUGUACCCGCGUGCCAUCAGAGAUCUACAUCUGACCCAUCCCAGAUCCCACAGAGCCUCCUUCAGCAUUCCUGCCAGCAAACUCCCAACAGCAACUGCAACGAGCCACUCUUGGCCGCGCUGCCUCAUGCCCCACGUGCUUUGGAGGAGAAGGGAAGUAAGCUCUGCAGGAAACCUGGCUGCAAGUUUUUUGGAACAGCACAGAAUGAGGGCUUUUGCACGCUGUGCUUCUUUGAAUACAGGGAAAACCACGACAGUGCUUCACUACGCCACCAGAGGAGAUCUCAGAGGAAUUCCUCAGCAGCUGGUCAACAGGGGAGCUCAGCUGCUGCAUUCCACAAUACCAUGUCUUGCCAGCAGCAGAACUGUGGCACCCUGGGUAGUACCAUGCUGGAAGGCUACUGCCAGAACUGUUUCAUUAAAGCCCAGAGCCAGCGAUUUCAGGAAGCCAGGAGGACUGAAGAACAGCUAGUGAGACAGCCUGAAAGAACAGGACAACGCAGAGAUCUACAGCGAGCAGCACCGACUAGCCAGAAGAGACAAUGUGCCGUGGCUUCAUGUCAGAACAACCUGGCCUGCAGAAGCAGUGAGCUGUGCCAGCAGUGCCAGCGCCUUGGUCAGCUUGCACAGCUGGGGGUUCCCAGGGAGCCAGCUGCAGACGAGCCCCCAAAGCAACGCUGUCGAGCCCCUGCUUGUGAUCACUAUGGACAUCAGAGAGGACAGCAAAAACAGGAGAUGGUAACUUCACAGCCACGUGGAACCAGUACUCCUUGGACAUAGAAGAACCGAGAUGAAACCUGCCCAGAGGGAGCAUGUGGAACAAGAUACACGUCCCUGCAUUAAACAGUUACCUAAAUAACAAUCUCGCUAUGUUACCAUUUCCACAGUUAUUUCAAGUGUUCAAGAAAUGUAUUUGAACUCCCAAAUAAUUCCCUGCUCAGCUCCUGUAUGUUUCCAGUGUAGAAAAACAGUGUAAGUGCAGUAAUAUGAAGGCAGGGUUGUUUGGACCAAGUGUUAACUGCAAAACACUUGGCACUGUUACCAAGGACAAUGUCUGCUCCACUUGCAUUAAUAAUGCAUUCAAAGAAACAGGCUUUUCCUUUGCAGUAGAUGGAACUGCAUCAGUUCUCUUUCUAACAGAGCAAAAUGUUGUCAAACAACAAGAUAGUGUCACAGUUCUGCACACUACUUCUAGUUGGCUACUGAUCAUCACAUUUAGCUUCAUUGAAUCAUAGAGAUGUAUGCAAGGAUUUGUAUCCAGCUUACACAAUGAGAAGUGUUACGAAUGGGGGGAUAUAACUGACCAUUUAUUUACUCUGAGGUUUUCAAAAUUAUCAGGGGAGACGAAAAUAAACCAUUGUGGCGUGAACAAGGAAGCUAAGUGAGAAGUUCAUCUCCUCUAGUUGGCUGUUACCUAUUACUGUGAUGAUUUAUUGCCAUAAUCAAGGAAGAAACACCCUCCUUGCAGUGGAAAAAUGUUCCUAAUAAAAUAAAGUUGUGAUCUCAGUGAGAAUUGGGAAGUACCAGUAAAAGCUUAGAAAUAUUACCAUGGAAAAAAAAUAUCUCAGCAAUGGAAAUACAGGGGAAAAACCACUUCUCCUAACUUGUUUAUACAUCCACAAACUACAUAAUUCCUUUUUAUCUCUGCAACAAAUGAACUUAUGUUAAGAUAUUCACCCAUUGUGCCCUCCUACUCUCUUUGUUGUUUUCAGCUUAUAAUUCUCCUGUAUUAAAAUGCGUUUGUUUCAGUGGGUCUGGAUCGCUAAUCCAUCUAUUUUACCCUGUUUUACAGACUCUUUUGUCUCCUUAAUUUUUACCAUUCUAUUACUCUUUCGCUUGUUUUGGUUAAUCUGUAACAUUAUUUUUUUCCAGGCCCACAGAAGAAAAGGUUGAAUUUGAUUAAAUCUGGCAUGAAUCUCUGCAGAAGAUAAGUAGAGAAGCCAUUUGCUGAAGGAUACUUACUGCCAAUCUACUUUUCCAGUUCAAAGUGCACACUGAUUUUGGCAGCGAGAGUUUCAAUAUUUUUCUGACACAACAUUGUAUGAUAUUGAAACAGAUACCUCACAGAAGUCUACACCAUUCCUUCUACAGAUCAUACUAGUAACUGAUGUUGGAAAAGCAUGGGUUUUAUUAAUUAACAUGGAAUCACAUGAGUAAUUUUCCUUUGUAUUUAAGUGACUUUUUCAGGAUUUGUGGGUGUAAGUUGGACUCAGAAAGAAGUGAUGGUAGUUACUUAUAUCGUGUAAGAACAGCACUUUCCAUUACAUUUAUAGGUAAGACAAAAUUAAAAUCAAAAUAACAACAACAAAAACAAACCAGGAAGUUUACAGAACAAUUUUCACCUCUGUAUUUAGAAUUGUUUAUCUCUGAGGAGAUACUUACUAGUUCUGAGUUGAAUCUGGUGAUAAAAUCUUUAUUGCCUUUAGUUUUGCUAACCUUUGAUUUUCCCUCAGUGUGACUGCAAGUUGAACAAGUGAAGAAGUCCAAAAUGUUCCUAAGUUCCUCCUACAAAUGUUAGUGCAUUUUUUUGUAAAAAGGAACGAUACUGGAAAGAUCUAAUAAUGUUACACAAUCCAAAACUGACCUGUAAUGGUGGCACAUGGUAUAGAAAUUCUCCAGUAACAUUAACCUUUAUUAGUCCCAGUAUACCCAUCCAAACACCAUGAAACAUAAACAAAGUAAAGCCCUUGGAAAAGUUUCAUACCAGGGAAUUUUUUUACCUACCCUCUGUCCCAGACAUGCAAACUAGCAUAUCUUCUGCCAUCCUGCGCUAGGCUUCGCAGAGUUUUAAUCCCUGUAUGUGGGUGAGAAGUGGUUACGCUGUAAAAACCAACUCAGAUGUCAAAUGAACUAAUGGGUGACACAUAGUAAGUACUGGCUUAGAGGUCAACCUUCAGGUCUUGGCAGUAUGCGGUAAUGCAGAAAGUUCUCUCCUCCUACAUGUCUGCGCAAUUCAUCCAGCUCCACUGCCGUAUUCCUGCUGCUGACUUGUUCUUAUGCAGCAGAGGAAAGGAUCCUUUUCUCUCAGCCUGGAAAAUGUGAUGGCUUUUAUUUGUACUUCCACUCAAGGCUAAACAAACUACAAACACAAUUAAAAACAAUUUAUAUUUUAUUCUUUUCCUGUAUUAAAUAAGAUGAAACAAUGUGUUAUGGAUUUACACACAUUCACUCUAUUAACUUCUAGUGUAGUGGAUAUUUUUCUCUAUAGGAGCUGGUCCUGCUCAGUGGCGGGCUUGUGUCAGAGCUGUGAUUGGAAACAACCCAAGGGAAGCCUUAUUUCAAGAGCAGUGUCUAUUUAUCUGAUUUCUCUGUCCCUCUCAUCUGCAACAGACAGCACAUAUUUACAUUGUACCUUGCUUUCCUCUAUAAAUGACAUGCUACUUAACCAAAGCAAGUAGUGAGGGGAAAACGAAAUCUUGCUUGCAGCUAUAUUUAUUUUGUCACCAGAAUUAAGUUUAUCAAGUUAAUCACUGCAACUAAAAGGCAUCAUCUCAUCUCACUGAAAACGGUGAGAAACAGGAAAAGUCAUACCACACCCAGAAACCAUGAUUGCAUUGUCACUGAGUAACCUGACUUUUCUCAACCAGUGACAGGUGAUUUUUUCCAACCGGUAGAUGGUUAUUUUUGUCCUCCCACUUCUAGUUUGAUCAAAAAGCACACAUCUCAAUAAAAGAUCUUCAUAAAUAAUCUACUUUUAAACACUCACCCAGGCUGGUCUCUGUGCCAACCAGCAGUACAGGGGCUCUCCCUCUGUCUCUCUUCCUUCACUCCCCAGGGAUGCUGUGGUGUACCACUAGGUGACCUGGAAGCUCCUCCACUUCUUCUGCUUGGACCAUAGCUGUACUCUGCUAUCCAGAGGAACAUCACCACAAAAACAGAUCUGAUGUCAUCUGAUCAAAACCCACUAGUAAGAAAUCAGGGAUGAUUUUGACAGUUGUCUUCUAGUUGUCCUCCGCCUCAUAAAUACACAGACUCCUCCUCACCACCCCUUACCAGUGAGACACAAGUGAAACAAGCCUCUCAUGCUGACUUAUCUGCACAGAUUUAAUGUGGCUUAUCAUUACAAGACCGAGUUAAGCAGAUCAUGCAGAUGUCUUGCUAAAGAAAGUGGUUUAUUCAGACUUUGAAAACUUUCUUUUUUUUUGUAUUUUUCUUUUUUCUUUUUUUGGUCCUACAGACGUGUUUCAAGAAUAAAUUCUACCAACUUCUAGAUGGUAUCUCCCUUCUCUAAACCAUCUCUACUGUAAAAUCUAAGUUGGAAGCACAGUGUGAUUCAUGCAACCUCUUCCUUUCCCACGUGAAAGCAGUUCUUGCUCCUCAGACACUUUAUCUAGGAGUCUCUCACACAUCCAUAUAUGCAAGGAUCAAAUGUUUGUACAUAAAUCUCAACUGUUCUUUAUUCCAGUUCAGCUUGAGUUAACUCAGAUGAAUCGCACUUUUCCAACCACACCUCUCCAAGAAAUGUGAAAUUAUUGUCAUAUUUUUCCAGGGUACUUCCAUCCAUUUCUUAAACAAAUAAUACAUCAGAUGGGAAGCGAGCCUGUGGCUGGAGCCAGCACACUGUGCACAUCCAUCUGAUAUCCCCAAGGUUACCUUCUGUUCCCACCACUCUACCAUCUUCCAGGAAGUGGCAGAUCUCCACAGCUUUCCUGUGUGCAUGGUCUCCCAUCUGUUUUGGAGUCCCGAUAUCUUCACCUCUGUGCUUUCCAGUGUCAGAGGCCCAUUUCUUCCUGUCUAUGCUGGGAAAGUGUUAUGACUGCUGAGGACCUCAAGUCAUUAGUUUGUGGUUGCACAGCAGCCGUCACACAGUGAGAGUGCUGUGACACUGCCAGCUGUGAGAAGUUUCCCUGUGGGCAGAUUCCCCUUCCCAUUUCCUCUUUUAGCCACUUUUUGCCUCCUCCUCUCUCACCACAGCCACCAGCAGCCUGUUGCCUGCUGUCAUCUCUGGUGCAAACAAGCACCACAGUUGAUUUGUGAGACUUGC